AUGGCGGGAGACGUUGUCAAGUAUAAUCUGCGAUGCAACCGCAAUAUCAGCGAGAAGAUGACCAAGAAGGACUUCGUCUAUGAUAUCCGUCCACCGAACCAAAAUAUCAGAAAGUUCGAGGAGGGAAAAUACCCGGUCGUAUUGCCGCUGCAGUUGCGUCGUAAACAGAGCUCAGACUCGAAAGCGCCGCAGUACGCGGUGAUCCAGGAGAAAAACGAUCAUGGGGCUGGCGGAGACGCCACGAACCUUUCAGAACAGCGACGCUUGGGUUACAAGUGCAAUUUCUGUCGCGAGCGGAUUGCCACUUUCCUAUCGUUAUCGACACACGUCAAGUUUCAUCGUCGGACCUACUGCAAGUACUGCUACUGGAUCUUACUGGAGAACGAAACGAUGGAGAAGCACGUCCGGACCAACCACAGAAUCGAUCCAACUAACCCGAGGAACCUUUGACCCUUGGUCGCCAAGAUUUUCGACCAACAAGCUUACUUCCUACACUGCCCCGAACGCGUAAUUUAAUCCUCGGAUGGAACUCUCUUAUCUCUGUAACACCGUGGUGGACGUGAUAAAAUAGGUCUGACUUCGUAUCGAUACUUUUACGAUCGUCUGCAAACAGGAUUGCUUGCGGGAGAAGCUCCAAUAAAGAGAAAAUCAGUCUGAUAAACUCUCAUUAGGUUCGACUACGUUUGACGGCGUUUGUUGUAAUUUGAACGAAGUUUAGUUUAAAUAUAAUCUAGUCGUUGUAGAUGUUUUCAAACAAGUUUGCUGAAGUUUGAAUCACAUUUAGAUAUGUGUAACUCAAGUUUAAUAAAGUUCACGCGUCUUUGUAUCGAAUCUAAUUAGGUUUAACUGAGUUUAACUCAAAA